AUCUAUUAUUUUAACCAAUGACCAUCAAUCAAAGCUAUCUGGAACAGAGACCUUUCCAAUUUCUCUUUUGCAGCUUUAAGGUCGAGACAAGGAACAUGUGACGAGCGACGAAGAGGGCCGAUCCGACACGGUGCUGUCGCUUUCCCAGAUGGACCACUCCGCUUGCAUAAUGGAGAUGGAGUGAGCAUGCGCAGUUGAAAUGGUUGAACUCCCACCUCGUUUCCUCGUAUCUGCCUGCACGAGAGAGAGAGAGAGACAUGGCCGAGCUGUUCGGGAAGCAAGCCCGGCGAUACGCGGACGGUCGGCCAAGCUACCCGCCGCAGCUCUUCCAAUUCAUUGCAUCCAAGACGCCGUCUCGCGACCUCGCCUGGGACGUCGGCACGGGAAGCGGCCAAGCCGCCCGAUCCCUUGCAGAAAUCUACAAGAACGUCGUGGCCACGGACGUGACCGAGCAGCUCGAGCUCGCGCAGAAGCUCCCCAACAUCCGCUACGAGCUCACUUCUUCGGUCGUGUCGAGGGCCGAGCUCCAGCAGAAGGUCGCCGCGGAGUCGACCGUCGACUUGGUGACCAUCGCGAUGGCCCUCCACUGGUUCGACCGGCCCAAUUUCUACCGACAGGCGAAGCGCUUGCUCAAGAAGCCGGACGGCGUGAUCGCCGCGUGGGGCUACACGAUGCCGAGGGUCACCGGCCCGGUCGACUCGAUCUACGAGGAGUUCUACUCGAUGGACUCGAACCCGUACUGGAGCCCGACCCAUAGGGUGGUGAUCGACGAGUACAGGGACAUGGAUUUCCCGUUCGAGCCGGUGGAGGGGAUGGAGGACACGGGGCCGGUCCGGUUCGUGGCGGAGAGGGCGAUGGGGUUGGAUGAGUUCCUCACGUUCGUGAGGUCGACGUCGCCGUACCUGAAGGCGAAGGAGGAGGGCGUGGAGCUUCUGGGCCGCGAUGUCGUCGAGAGGUACCGGCGGGCUUGGAACGAGGAAGGCGGCGAGGCGGAGAAGGUCGUCAAGUUCCCUGUUUUUCUCAGGAUCGGCAAGGUGGGAAAUGCGUCCUCCACGGAUUAGGAUGAAAAGGCCAUUCUUGUGCUCAUUUCUGGAGCGCUAGUUCAGCAAAUUUUAUGCUGCGUUUCUACACAAAUCUGUUCGGUUUCGAGUGAAUAAUCGGUAUACAUGGUGGUUCAGGUCCUUAUUUGAA